AUGGUGGAUGGGGCUCCCAGCGAGCCGGCCGCUGGAGAUGACAUGUGUGGCAUCUGCUUCACAAGGCUUCAUCCCUCCGAUAACCCACGCGGCCGGUUAAACUCCUGCAGUCACGUUUUUUGUGCCUACUGCAUCAAGGAGUGGGCGAAGAGCACAAAUGUUUGUCCUCACUGCAAGGCCCGGUUUACUCGCAUCUUCACCGUGGAUGCGGCAGGUGCAGAGGAGACCACGAAGGUGCGGCGGCGAAACUACAAACUCUGGGAGGAGGAAGAAGAAGAAGAGGGGGAGGGAGAUGAAAGUGAAAGUAAUGGUAAUGGAAGUAGUGCGUCGGUGACUAGCUGGCCUGUGUGCGAUGUGUGCGGUCAGAGUGACAAUGCGAUUCGAAUGAUUCUUUGUGAUCGUCGGCAAUGCUCAAAUACGGUCCACCUCGAUUGUGUAAACCUCGUAGAGCGGCCAGAGGAGUAUUUUUGCCCCCAAUGCACGCUUAUUCGUGCACCGGCUCCAGCUGCCGUCGCGUCCUCUUCCACCUCUUCGGCACCGUUCUUGCCACUGACGGCCGUCGCCAAUGAACCUCCAUUGCCUGAGGCUAAUGACACGGAUAGUGUAACUCGAGUUGCAUCCCACCCAGCAUCGGCCCCUCCGUCCCAAACAAGCGCAAAAAAAGUUUACGUCGCCCCACCCGCCUGGCUGCAAGCAGCAGUUGAGCGCAGCCCUAGACUGCAUGCAGGAACACCCCAACGUGUACCUGCGGAAACACGGACGUCAAAAAUUAGUUGCACGCUGCAAACAAGCGAUGUCUCCUACGAGGCAGGAGGGGAUGGGAGACUAUCGCCGCCGUUACCGGGUGAAGAUGACGUGUUGCACCGUUCCGCAGAGGCUGCAUUGCAGCUAUUUCUGCAACGACAAGCACACCAGGAACAUCAUACACGUCUUCGUCAGCAACGCCAAGCUGGGGAUCCUUUGUAUGACCCGGUUUUGCUUGGGUCCACCGAAGAGCGACAUAAACGGUCUCGUGGUAGUGCUAACCUGCCUUGGGACCGUGCUGGGAUUCUUGAUGUCUUAAACCCUGAGUCGCGACGCCGCGAGGAAGAAGCUCUUGCGCGUCGCCUGGCCCUGGAGCUGCUUCCUAUUCUUCGCCGAAAUAGGCUUGUACAGGAAAAUCAGCUGUCGCUGGGCGAUAAUGGGAACAUUGUGGUUGUGUCGUUGCCUUCAGAGGCUGAGAGGGCAAAACGUGAGCACGACCUUUACACCCAAGCUAUGACGGAGGGCAGACGUAUGGCCCGAGCACGCAUAGAGGCCAAACUAGCCGAUGCCCGUCUGAGAAAGGAGCGUCUUCUUAAAGUGCAAGCGCAGCGAGAAUCCGCUGCCUUAGCGAAGUUGGCGAGAAUUGUUGCCUCUCGCCGGGCCAAGCUGAGGCUGAGGUGA